AUGAAUUGGAAGACUAUUUCUGUCAUUGCGCUUCUUGCGCAUGAAAUAUCUGCCGAGAUCCAAGGAAAUGGAGGCUUUCUUCGAUUUGGCUGCUCACAACUUGUCGUGGAGCGAAUUGACCCUCUGGUCACCCCUGGAGAAAACCCUUCUCCGCAUACGCAUCAGGUUGUUGGAGGGAACUCGUUCAAUUCUACUAUGGACCCCUAUACUAUUGAUCCGCCCGCACAGUCUACUUGUACUUCUUGUAUCUAUACCGAGGACACUAGCAACUACUGGACCGCCUCAAUCUAUUUCCAGUCUCCCGAAAAUGGAACAUUCAAAAGAGUUCCACAGAUGGCAAACGGUCGUUUGAACAGAACUCUGCUAGAGCAAGAUGGUGGACUGACAGUAUAUUACAUGCGACCAUUCGGCGGCACCAACACGAAGACAACCGCCUUCCCACCAGGGUUCCGUAUGUUUGCAGGUGAUCCCAUGCUACGCAACCAGACCGAUGGUUCCGUUAAGAUCUGUCACCGCUGCCUGAAGGCAAGUGAACGCUUGAUGGGAGGUGAUGGGCCCCCUUGCGACCCUAACGAUACGGCAGCAUUCCCUGCAACGCCCUGUCUUGGUGGCAUACGCGCGACCGUGAUCUUCCCAUCGUGCUGGGAUGGGAAGAACCUGGAUAGUCCUGAUCAUAAAAGUCAUGUGGCAUAUGCAUCAGGGUCUGCUCUCGCAGCUGAUCAAUGUCCGAGUACACAUCCUGUCCGAAUUCCACAGGUCAUGUAUGAGAUCAUGUACGAUACCACGCAAUUCAAUAACCCAGACUAUUGGAAGAAUGGCAAGCAGCCACUAGUUUACAGCUUCGGUGACCCAACUGGAUAUGGAGCACACGGUGACUAUCUGUUCGGCUGGAAAGGUGAUGCCCUCCAACGGGCCAUGGAUGGUCUUAAUACUACAUGUGCGAGUGAGGAUUGCACGCAAGUUUUAGAGAUUCAAGACGGGAAGGACGCCAUUGGCUGCACCAAAGCUCAGCAAGCCCAGGAGGACAUUGGCACUUCUAGUUGGCUCGCUACACUUCCUGGUGGCAUGCCAGUCACGUAA